UCAGGUGGAAAGCAAAUUCAGACAAGUCCAACUAUAGGGGCGCAGACUUAAUAGGUUGGCACAACCCGUCCCCCUUCAACAUAUAUACAGAAAAUUCCUUAAGAGAGAGAUCUAAAGAAAAUCAAAGUCAACAAUGGGGCUAUUCUCCUAUACUGUAGCCGGUGGCGGAUUCAUACUAGUCGGCGCUUGGGAAUCUUUAAUCUCCUCCUCCGCUGCCCUGAAAAAUUCAUCACCGUCCUCCACUUCCCAAUCGUUGACAGAGAAGCAAGCCCAAGAUUCUGUUUUUUCUUCAUUAAUCACCUUUGUAUCAAUCUUAAUCCUCUCAUUUCUCUUCAUUCUCAAUUCCCUUUUAUCCUUUUUUGAUGCACUUAACUCUAAAGAUCAAAUUGGUUCAGUUCUUCAAUUGCAGGUAAUUGCAAUUUCUCUUCUUUUCUUGCUCUAUUCGGUUUUAGGCCUAAUGACCCACUUAAAAAAAUCUUAUCUUUUACCUUCCAAGAUCCUCAGUUUGCUUUGCCUUUUCGCUUUUGCUGAGGAAUUUUUGCUUUUUUACCUUCAAAGAAAAGACCCAAGUGGAGUUGAGAAUCGUUACUAUGAUCUCUUGCUUGUGCCUAUUACUAUUUGUGCAUUUUGCUCAAUUCUUGAAUUAAAAAAUCCCAAAUUGAAAUAUGCUAAAUUGGGACGUGGGAUUGGGUUAAUCUUGCAAGGAAUGUGGAUUCUGCAAAUGGGGUUCUCUUUUUUCUCUGAUUUGAUAGCACAAGGUUGCUCUUUGCAUGAAAAGAGUAGAGGUAAUUAUACGGUUAAGUGUAAAGGUCAUCCAGAGUAUCAUCGCGGUCGAGCUAUUGCUACCCUUCAGUUUAAUUGUCACCUUGCUCUUCUUGUGACUGUUAUUGCUUUUGUGUACUCAAUUGUGUGUAAAAAGAAUGGUAUUGGCCCUGAACAUAUGCGGUAUAGACCUAUUGGAGCUGAGAUGCAACACUUGGAAAUGGAUAGUCAAGGUCAUUUUACGUUGGAGUCUGAUGAAGAUGACGAUGAGAAUGGGAUAAAAGAAGAGAGGAAUGUAGAAAUGCAAAAGGCUAUUGUGACAGCUCCUGAAUCAGGAACUAAUGGCUAUCAUACACAUCCUUGAGGUAAUCCAGGGUUAGAAUUUUUUGUUACUAGGUAUAAGGAUUUAUUCUUUGCAAAGGUAGUUAUGCUUUAGACAUUGGAGUUCUCUUUGUAAAAAGGAGUUGAGAAAAAAAAGGUCUUAUGCUUUUUCUUUGUGAUGAUUCUAGUUCAAAUUAUGGUAUUGUGUUAGAAAUUCUUUAAACUGAUUUAAAUUUCUCGUUUGUUGUGCGUUGUAUACGGAAGACUUGCUCUUUGAUACUAAUGAUGAAUAACAGUUUCUUAUUCAA